AUGCUUCUAAACAUUCCUAUAGUGGAUUAUGAUUUUGAAGACGAUAAUUUUCAUACGGAAGAAGUUCGUCAGAUAAAAUCAAGGCCUCUUAAUGAAAUGCUUUAUCAAAAGUUGGAUAAACAAACCUCAGAACUUGAAUGCUUGUGUGAACGCAUUAAAGAUUUGGAAAUACAACGAACGAAUACCCAAAAACAUCAUCAUAUCCUUCCAUCCAAAGAAUCGGCAUCUGCACCACCAUCGAUAUCAUAUCUCUCACCAAUUAAUCUUCCUCCAAUUGGUGAAUUAAUAGAUUAUCAGUCAAUAAUGAGACGUGUCGAAGAAUUAGAGAGAAAUUCGAUUUUGGCAAAUCAUGAACUUGGGAGAUUACGAAGGGAAAACGUCGACUUAAAUGAUAAAAUUCCUUUAUUGGUUCAAGUUGAAGUGAACCUUCAACUUAAGAAAUUUAAAAAAGAGAUAAGUAAAAAUUUACCCUCUUCACACCCUUCAUCCAAUUAUCUUUCCUCUCAAAGAGAUACAGAUUUUGAUCAACUUCAUACCCAAAUCAAAAAGAUUUAUGAUUAUAAGGCCAGUUUAAAAAAUAUUCGAUAUCUAAAGCAUUACUUUUCAAACGAUCAUUUAAUUCGAUAUACAAAAUCAGAACACUUUAAUUCCUUAAGUGAAAAAAUUAAAAGGUUAAUAAAUCUUCUAAUCUAUGAAAUCUUAUCAGAUGAAUUUCGAUUGGAGAGUUUAAAACUUUCACAAAAGUUGGAAGAAUACAUCAAAAGAAAUUUGAUUCCUGAAUUACCGAAUGGAUGUAAAAGUUAUACUGAAUUUGAGUAUAAUAAGGCGUUUAAAUUUUUAAGUAAAAUGCAAAAGAAGAGAGUCAAAAAAUUGGUUCGGUUAGAGAAUAAUAAUAAUAUGACUACCCCGAAAAGAUUUCUUCAAAAGCAAAAGAAAUCAUACAAAUGGUCAAAUAAUUACGCGGUUAAACAUGGUGGAUUAAUCGUUAUAUGUGCAGACGAUAUAGAGUACUAUUAG